AUGUCAAAAAUAAUUGACAAAAUCAAGUCAAAAGCUCAUGAUAUAGAUCCAUGUACAUUAUCAAAUUAUACCAAAUUUCAAGUUGAAUGUACUGAAUUACAAUUGAAGGUUUUAUUUGAUGAAAAAAUAUUACAAGGUAAAGUUCUUUUCAAUUUAAUUAGAAAAGAAAAUUCAAUUAAUGAGGUUGUUUUAGAUAGUAAAUAUUUAAAGAUUGACUCUGUAAAAGUGAACAAUGAAAAGGCUAAAUAUGAAAUAGCUAAAGAAGUUCCAAUUUAUGGUUCUGCGUUAACUAUCCCAAUUAAAUCAAAUAAAAUUCAACUUGAAAUUGAAUUUGAAACAACUUCAAAAUGUAGUGCCAUACAAUUUAUUCAAGGAGAUACAGGUCCAUUUUUAUUUUCUCAAUGUGAAGCAAUCCAUGCAAGAACUUUAUUUCCAUGUUUUGAUACUCCAGCAGUUAAAUCAAUUUAUAAAUUCAUUGGUAUUUCGAAUUUACCUGUAACAAUGUCUGGUAUUCCACGAGAAUUUAACAAAGGUGAAGUGUAUCAUUUUGAUCAACCAAUACCGAUUCCAUCAUAUUUAGUUUCGAUCACUUCUGCUAAUUUACAAAAAUUAUCAAUUGGACCAAGAUCUGAUGUUUAUGCAGAAGAACCAUUAAUUACAAAAUGUCAAUUUGAGUUUGAAUUAGAUAUGGAAAAUUUUUUAAAAAUUGCAGAAAAUUUAGUUUUUGAUUAUGAAUGGGGAGUUUUCAAUGCAUUAGUUUUAUGUUUAUCGUAUCCAUAUGGUGGUAUGGAAAUUCCACAAUAUUCUCAAUUAACUCCAACUUUAAUUUGUGGAGAUCGUUCACAAUUAAAAGUUUUAGCUCAUGAAUUAGCUCAUUCUUGGAGUGGGAAUUUAGUUACAAAUGAAACUUGGGAACAUUUUUGGUUAAAUGAAGGUUGGACAGUCUAUUUAGAACGUAGAAUUAUUGGAGAAAUUGCAAAAUUAAAAGCUAAAGAAAGGGGAUUAAAUGUAGACCCUGAGAUCUAUGGUGAAGAAGUUAGACAAUUUAAUAUGAUUAAUGGUUGGAAUUCAUUAGUGGAAACUUGUUCUAAUUUUAAUCCUGAUUUUACUAAAUUAGUUUGGAAUUUAAAAGGUAAAGAUCCAGAUGAUUCAUUUUCAAAAAUUCCAUAUGAAAAGGGGUUUUUCUUUUUAUAUCAUUUAGAAGUUAAACUUGGUGGACUAAAUGAAUUUGAUCCAUUUAUUAAAUAUUAUUUUAAAAAAUUUAGAUACCAAUCAACAAAUACUGCAAAAUUCGUAGAAACAUUAUAUGAAUUUUAUCCAAAUAAAAGAGAAAUUUUAGAUUCAAUUGAUUGGGAUAAAUGGUUAUUUGAAUCUGGAUUACCAGAAGAACCAAAACUUGAUAAAACAUUAGCAAAUCAAGUUUAUUCAUUAGUUGAUAAAUGGGUGGAAUUUUAUUAUCAACCUGAAUUGUUCAAUGAAUCAGAUAUCGAAAAUUUUGAAGUUGAACAAAGUAUUUUAUUCCUUGAAACAUUGAUUGAAAAAUUUAAAAAUUUGGAAAUAUCACCUAAUAUAAUUAAACAAUUUCCAAAAAUUUAUCCAAGUUAUCAUAAAAGUUUAAAUGGUGAAAUUGUAUCUGCAUGGAAUGAUUUAUUAAUUACUUAUGGAGAUUAUGAAUCUGCAGAUGAUGUUGUUAUUAAUUUUGCAUCUUGGUUAGGAACUGUAGGUAGAAUGAAAUAUGUUCGUCCAGGUUAUAAAGUAUUAGUAAAGGGAAUUUCCAAAGAUUAUGCAAUUGCAGUAUUUCAAAAACAUAAAGAUUUCUAUCAUCCAAUUUGUAGAACAAUGGUUAUGAAAGAUUUAGGAAUAAAUUAA